GGCGGGAGGAGGCGGCGGCGGCGGGCGGCGCGGGGACCCCCCGGCCCGGGCGCGGCGGUUUCAAGCUCCCCCGCGGGCGCGCGCGCGCGGCCGGGAGCCGCCGGGUCCGGCUCCGGCUCCGGCUCCGGGAUGGCGGCGGGGAACCGGGACCGGGACCGGGGCCGCUGACAGCCGGUGCCGCCGCCGCCGCCGCCUCACCCCAGUAUGUACGCCAAGGGCAAGGGCUCCGGUGUGCCCUCGGACGGCCAGGCCCGCGAGAAGCUGGCGCUGUACGUCUACGAGUACCUGCUGCACGUGGGGGCCCAAAAAUCGGCCCAGACUUUCCUUUCGGAGAUCCGAUGGGAGAAGAACAUCACGCUGGGCGAGCCCCCCGGCUUCCUGCACUCCUGGUGGUGUGUCUUCUGGGACCUGUACUGUGCCGCUCCCGACCGCCGGGAAACCUGUGAGCACUCCAGCGAGGCCAAAGCCUUCCACGACUAUAGCGCGGCGGCGGCUCCCAGCCCGGUGAUGGGGAACCUGCCCCCCGGUGACGGCAUGCCGGGGGGGCCCAUGCCCCCCGCCUUCUUUCAGCCCUUCAUGUCCCCCCGCUACCCCGGCGGCCCCCGGCCCCCGCUCCGGAUGCCAAACCAGCCUCCCGUGGGUGUCCCCGGCUCCCAGCCGCUGCUGCCCAACGCCAUGGAUCCGGCCGCGCGCGGUCGCAGGGGCAUCCCGGCAUGGGGGGGGCCGAUGCAGCGCAUGAACCCCCCGCGAGGCAUGGCCGGCAUGGCCCCCCAGACCUACGGCAGCGGGAUGCGGCCCCCCCCCAGCUCGCUGGCCGGCCCUGGCAUGCCCGCCAUGAACAUGGGUCCCGGUGGCCGUGGGCCCUGGCCGAACCCCAACGCCAUACCCUACUCCUCCUCAUCCCCUGGGAACUAUGUGGUGAGGCCCUCCUGGGGUGGUGGCCCCCCCGGCACCCCCAUCCUGCCCAGCCCCGGAGACUCCACCAACUCCAGUGAGAACAUGUACACCAUGAUGAACCCCAUCGGGGCCCGCGGGGAACAGGCCAAACGUGAUUACCCGAUGGGACCCGGACCGGAGGGACCCAUGGGUGGCAUGAGCGCGAUGGAGCCGCAUCACAUGAACGGAUCCUUAGGCUCGGGGGACAUGGACGGGCUGCCAAAGAGCUCCCCCAGUAACCUGGGGGGCCUGAGCAACCCCCCCGGCACCCCGCGGGACGACGCCGAGCUGAGCAGCAAUUUCUUAAACCCCUUCCAAAGCGACAGCUACUCGCCCAGCAUGACAAUGAGCGUGUGAGCCCAGCGCCGAGGCCGCCGACAGCCAGACGCCCCACACGCACCAGAGAAAAAAAAUAAUUAAUAAUAAUUACCAACCCCCCCCCCCCAACCCCCCCAGCCCAAAACACUAAACAAACAAAAAAGCAGAAAAAAAAUAAUAAUAAUUAGAAAUAAGUCAUGCGACUGACUUACUGCCCACCCGCUCCCGGGGCAGGGACCACCUCAGCACUGGGACACCCCCCCCCCCCC